AUGCUUGCCGCACAAACCCACCCACCACCCACCACCACAAGCGAGCACCGCAUCUACUGCCAUGCAGCAGCAACAACCACAAUGGAAUCCAUCAAAACCCUACUAAUCGCCAACCGCGGCGAGAUCGCCGUCCGCAUCAUCUCCACCGCCCACGCCCUCAACCUCACCACCAUCGCCCUCCACACCCCUCAAGACGCGCACUCGCCGCACGUCCGCCUCGCCACCAUCGUCGCCGCCGCCCCCAUCCCCUCCUACACCGACAUCCCCUCCAUCCUCCGCGCCGCCGCCCUGCACGACGCCGACGCCAUCAUCCCCGGCUACGGCUUCCUCGCCGAAUCCCCCGCCUUCGCCGCCGCCGUCGUCGAUGCGGGUUUCGCGUACGUCGGACCGCCCGCGGGCGUCGUCGCGGCGUUUGGCGUCAAGCAUGUCGCGCGGAGGCGGGCGGGGGAGGCGGGGGUGCCGGUCGUGCCGGGGUCGGAGGGGUGCGUGGGGGGUGUGGAGGAGGCGGUGGAGGUGGCGAGGAGGGUGGGUUUGGGGGAGGGGGCGCCGGUGAUGUUGAAGGCGACGGGCGGGGGUGGGGGGAUGGGCAUGGCGGUGUGUAGGAGUGAGGGGGAGGUGCGGGAGAGGUUUGGGGCGGUGGUGGGGAGGGCGGAGGCGCUGUUUGGGGAUGGGCGGGUGUUUGUGGAGAGGGUGGUGGAGCGGGCGCGGCACGUCGAGGUGCAGGUGUUUGGGAACGGGCGGGGCGAGGCGGUGGCGUUUGGGGAGCGCGAGUGCUCGGUGCAGCGGAGGCGGCAGAAGGUGGUGGAGGAGUGUCCAAGUCCGUUUGUCGAGGGGCGGCCGGGGCUGAGGGAGGCGCUGGUGGAGAAGGCGGUCGCGCUGGCCGAGGGCGUGGCGUAUGCUGGGGCGGGGACGGUCGAGUUCCUGGUCGAUGACCGGACGGGCGAGUUUUGGUUCCUGGAGAUGAACACGAGGUUGCAGGUGGAGCACGGCGUGACGGAGCUGUGCUAUGGUGUGGAUUUGGUCGAGUUGAUGCUGAGGCAGGCGGAUGCGGAGCGCGCGGGGAAGGGCGGGUUGGAUGGCGCGUAUCUGAAGUCGCUGCAGCCAAAGGGCGGUCCGAAUGGAGCGGCGGUCGAGGUCAGGGUGUAUGCGGAGAACCCGGUCAGAGACUUUGCUCCUGCUCCGGGCCUGCUGCAGCAUGUCGAGUGGAACGAGAUUCCGGGCACGCGCAUCGAUACCUGGGUCUUCACCGGCUCGACGAUAACUCCAGACUAUGACCCCCUCAUCGCCAAAGUGAUGCACCACGCCCCCACCCGCGCGGCCGCCAUCUCCGGCCUCCAAACCGUCCUCUCGUCGUCCAAGAUCCGCGGCCCCCCCACCAACCUCGCCUUCCUCUCCGCCAUCCUGUCCAGCCCCUCCUUCCAGUCCCGCCGCACCCUCACCACCUUCCUCGACGCCUUCCCCUUCCAGCCCGCCGCCAUCGACGUCCUCGCCGGCGGCGCCCACACGCUCGUCCAGGACCUCCCCGGCCGGCCCGCCGUCGGCAAGGGCAUCCCGCACUCGGGCCCCAUGGACCCGCUGACCUUCCAGCUCGCCAACCUGCUCGCGGGCAACGCCACCAACACCGAGGCGCUCGAAAUCACGCUCGCCGGGCCCGACCUGCGCUUCCUCGGGCCGGCCGUCGUCGCGCUGUGCGGGCCGCCCAUGGACGACGUCUCCCUGGACGGCAGGCCCUUCCCCACGUGGACGCGGGUGCGCGUGCGCGCGGGCCAGCGGCUGAGGAUCGGGAAAAUCGAGGCGGCCGGGGGCGGGUGUCGCGCGUACCUGGCCAUCCGCGGCGGCUUGCCCGGCGUGGCGAGCUACUUUGGCAGCAAGAGCACGUCGCCCGCCGUCGGGCUCGGCGGGUAUCAGGGGCGGGCGCUGGCGGCGGGGGACCUGCUGGAGAUCGCGGAGGAGACGCCGCGGGAGGAGGAGGGGGAAGAAGAAGGAGGACGGGAAGGAGGGGUUGUUAUCAGCAUCCCCGAGCGCCUGCGCCCGGCGUACACGCGCGACUGGAAGAUCAAAGCCAUGGUCGGCCCGCACGAGGAGGGGUACCUCGACCCGGCGGAUGUCGACAUGAUCUACGACACGACGUGGAAGGUCAGCCACAACGCCAGCCGCAGCGGCAUCCGCCUGGUCGGCCCGGUGCCGCGGUGGGCCCGCGAAGACGGCGGCGAGGGCGGCGCCCAUCCGAGCAACCUCGUCGAGUACGGGUACCCGAUCGGGGCCCUCAACUGGACGGGCGACGACCCGUGCAUCUUCCCCGUCGACUGCCCCAACUUCGGCGGCUUCGUCAGCUCGACGACCAUCGUGCGGGCCGAGUGGUGGAAGAUGGGCCAGCUCAAGGCCGGCGAUGCCGUGCAGUACGAGCGCGUGUCGCUGGAGGACGCGUUGGACGCGAGGGCGAGGCUGGACGGGUUCUUGAGCGCCGUCGAGACGGCGCUGAGGGGGGCGAUGGCUUGGGAGCUGGUCGAGCCGCUGGACACGCAGUCGAAGGCGCCGUCGACGCUGAAGCGCGAGUGGGGGAAGGCGGUCCUCUGGCAUAGGCCGGAACAGGGGGACCAGCCGGCAGUGACUUACAGACAGGGCGGCGACGACCACAUCCUCAUCCAAUACGGCCACGAGACCUUCGACCUCAACCACCGCUGCCGCGUCACCGCCCUCGAAUCCGCCCUCCACAGCGCCUCCACCCCAACCUGGCUAUCCGCCCACCUCACCACCACCGUCGGCUGCUGCACCUCCCUCCUCCUCACCUACAACGGCGCCGCCGUCCCGCGCACCCAGCUCCUCACACACCUCCAAUCCCUCGAAGCGACGCUCGGCUCCCUCCGCACCGCGCGCCUGCCCACCCGGCUCUUCCGGCUCCCGCUCAGCUUCACCAGCGCCGCCCAACGCGCCGCGACGGCGCGCUACGCCGAGACGCAGCGACCUUACGCGCCGUACCUGCCGUCGAACCUCGGCUUCGUCGCGCGCAACAACGGGCUGGGCGUCGACGAGCUCAAGCGCGGCCUGCUCGCGACGACGUACGUCGCCGUCGUCGUCGGCUUCUUCUGCGGCAACACCGUGUGCCUGCCCGCGGACCCGCGCGCGCGGCUCAACGCGCCCAAGCAGAAUCCGUCGCGGGUCUACACGCCCGCGGGGACCGUGUCGUGGGGCGGCAGCUGCAUGUCGCUGUAUCCGGUCGACUCGCCGGGGGGUUACCAGAUGUGCGGGGCGACGGUGCCGUGCUGGGACGCGUUGGGGUGGAGGGAGGGGUUCGAGCGCGGGAGGCCGUGGCUGUAUCGCGACUUUGACUUGCUGACGUAUUAUGAGGUGGGGGAGGAGGAGAUGGAGGGGGUGUUGAGGAGGUGGGCGGCGGGGUGUUAUGAGUGGGAGGUGGAGGAGGUGGUGUUUGAUAUGGCGGAGCAUAACGGGUUGCUGGAGGAGACGAGGGGGGAGGUGGAGGCGAUGAGGGAGAGGCAGCGGGUGGCGCAGGAGGAGAUGGUGAGGGCGGAGCGGGAGAGCUUGGCGAGGUGGAGGGAGGAGAGGAAGAGGGAGCAGGUGGAUGAGGGGACGGUGGAGGGCUUGUUGGACGAUCCUGCCAUCACUGCUAUUGAAGCGCCGGUGGAUGCCAACGUCUGGAAGGUCGAGGUCGCAGACGGCGACGUGCUCGAGGAAAACCACUUGAUCUCUAUCCUCGAAGCGAUGAAGCUGGAAAUCUCCGUUCGGUUGCCGGACGACAUGGUAACGGCGGGUAGCGCACCGGUGAGGGUGGAGAAGAUGCUGGUACGGCCGGGAGACACGGUCAAAGCGGGCGGAAAGAUAGCUCUCGUGAGGAGGGGCUAA